UAAGUAGCUUCAGAAAAAAAAAACAUGGUUAUGCAACAAAAGCAAUGCAAAUUAGCAUAUUCAGUUAGCACGAACAUCUGUAGGGAUAACAAGCGAUAGUUCUGCUCUGACGGCCAGGGCCACAAUAACUACACUAAGCCCCUAGGCAUGUCCAUGAUAAAGUAGAUUCCAUAUAACAGAGUCUAACACUAACUAUUACCAUUAACAAAUAACAUGUAUCAAGGAUUUUCAGUUCAAGAUAUGGAUUUUAAAAAACAAAUCAAUAAUCUGUCAGUAUGUAGCUACUGACAUUGGCUGUGAAGCAGCCAGGAAGGCGUAUCCGCAGCGACAAGGCGGAAGCGUAGCGCGGGAGGUUUGAAUAGGAGUUGGCCUGUGUUAGCGUGUGGGCUGCGCAAGUGUUGGGCCGAGGCCUUGGUUGUAAUGAGCGGAUAUAUAAGCUCAAGUGAUGUGGUGUGUCGGGUAUCGUGGAAUUGAAUUUGAAUCUUAUUCUCCGAGCUUAUCCUCUCUUCCUUCCUCGUUCUCUCGUUGCGUCCGCAUCUCGCCCUCUCCAGCUCUCCUUCCUCACCAAUUCUACCGGAGACGAGCCCCAAAUUCGGCGGUCCCUCGCGGCCAGUGGCAAGGGCGUUACAAUCUGGUAUCAGAGCGACCGAUCCGUGGCCCGCUUCUGCUUUCUCGAGAGCGUACCCGGCAAAUUCCGAGGCGACGGUCUCCGGUCACCUUAGGGUUCGAUCGGUGUAAUCCCCGACCUAAGGUGGGUUGCUUCAGAGAGGAACGGCGGACGGCGUUCAAACCCAGUGCCCGGACCAAGUACCUCGAGCGCGGCAUGGAGGCGUUCCAGGAGCGCAUGCUGAAGGAGUUUGCGGAGAUCCGUGCGGAGCAGAGCAAAUUGAUGAAGGUGGCCGAAAUCUGCGACAGAUUGGAGGCGCUGGAUGCAAAGCUGGAGGAGAAGUCCCAGCGGCUGGAUCAGGUGCAAGUGAAGGCGGCUACAUGGGAGGAUUACGAGAUUUCUACAGUUUUAUCAUCUCUGAAGAUAAGUUGCAGCAAGAAAGCAAAUAGGGAGGAGGGUGAUACCUUCCGUGCUUGGCAUAGCGUCUGUGGCACUAUGGUGGGAGGGGAGCAGCGGUGGAAGAAGCAGAGCCUGACGAGCGUUGGACAAAUGGAUCCCGGCGCCGGAACGUCAUCUCAGAAGGAACCUCGGUACACCAACCCUGACGUCGAGAUGAGCACCCCUGACGUGGAUGAUUCGGCCAUCCCUGACGUCGAGAUGGGCAUUGACCAACAAGUAGAACCGACCACCAGGGCAGGGGACACGAGCCACGCUGACGGGACUUCAUCCAGCACGGCCACCACAAAGAAGAGCAACCGAAAGGCAAGGGAUCCAAGGAAGCUUCACGAAGGUCUAAUUGCAAUCGCCGUAGUUGGCCCGAGUGGCGAGCCCGUCACCCUAGAGGACAUAGUAAAAAGGGCCCGUGCAGUGCAAGACCCAGACAUGCAUUUUUCAAGCUUCAGCGCCGCUCUUUGUGACCCGCUCUGGAUGGCUGCGAUGCAAGAGGAGUUUGCCGCCCUGUUGCGCAACCAAAUGUGGCGGCUUGUUCCCCGUCCCCGGCACGCCAACGAGGAGUACGAGGAGGACCCGAAGCAGGAGAAGGACGCGGAGCAGCAGGAGGAGGAACGCCUCGGCUCCCUGCUCGCCUGCCUCGCCUUCCUCGUGGCCGCCUGCACCGCCUACCUCGUCACCCGCCCGCGCCCCGUCUACCUCGUCGACUUCGCCUGCUACAAGCCCGACGACGCGCGCAAGUGCAGCCGCGCCCGCUUCAUGGACUGCACCGAGAAGCUCGGCACCUUCACCGACGACAACGUCGAGUUCCAGCGCCGGAUCGUGGAGCGCUCCGGGCUGGGCGAGGAGACGUACCUCCCGGAGGCCGUGCUCAACCUCCCGCCCAACCCCUCCAUGGCCAACGCGCGGGUGGAGGCCGAGAAGGUCAUGUUCGGCGCGCUGGACCAGCUCUUCGCCAAGACGGGCGUGAAGGCCAAGGACAUCGGCGUGCUCGUCGUCAACUGCAGCCUCUUCAACCCGACGCCCUCGCUCUCCGCCAUGGUCGUCAACAAGUACCAGCUCCGGGGCAACAUCGUGAGCUACAACCUGGGCGGCAUGGGGUGCAGCGCGGGGCUCAUCGCCAUCGACCUCGCCAAGGACCUGCUCCAGGCGCAGCCCGGCACGUACGCCGUGGUGAUCAGCAUGGAGAACAUCACCCUCAACUGGUACUUCGGCAACGACCGCUCCAUGCUGGUGUCCAACUGCCUGUUCCGCAUGGGCGGCGCGGCGAUCCUGCUCUCGAACCGCCGGUCGGCGCGGCGGCGCUCCAAGUACCAGCUGGUGCACACGGUGCGCACGCACAAGGGGGCGGACGACAAGGCGUUCCGGUGCGUGUACCAGCAGGAGGACGAGUCGGGCAAGCGGGGCGUGUCGCUGUCCAAGGACCUGAUGGCGAUCGCCGGCGGCGCGCUCAAGACCAACAUCACCACGCUGGGGCCGCUGGUGCUGCCGCUGAGCGAGCAGCUGCUCUUCUUCGCGACGCUGGCGGCCAAGAAGCUGGUGAACGCCAAGGUGAAGCCCUACAUCCCGGACUUCAAGCUGGCGUUCGAGCACUUCUGCAUCCACGCCGGCGGGCGGGCGGUGCUGGACCAGAUGGAGAGCAACCUGCAGCUGACGGAGUGGCACAUGGAGCCGUCGCGGAUGACGCUGCACCGGUUCGGCAACACGUCGAGCAGCUCGCUGUGGUACGAGCUGGCCUACGCCGAGGCCAAGGGCCGGAUCAGGAAGGGCGACCGCACCUGGCAGAUCGCCUUCGGGUCCGGGUUCAAGUGCAACAGCGCCGUGUGGAGGGCGCUCCGGUCGGUGAACCCGGCCAACCCCAGGGACGUCGCCGGCAACCCCUGGGCCGACGAGAUCCACCGGUUCCCCGUGCCCGUGCCCAAGUUCUCCGCCAUCGAUCCUCCCACUCCAUCCAGCGACACCGCCCAGCAAUAAGGAUCCAGAGCCACGUACGUACGUCUUUUGGUCGAGUGAGUCUGUAGCUGCCUGGGGUUGCAUUGCAGCAUUGGUACUAAGGAGUAUCUGGUAGCAGUAGAGUCAGUCAAGCUAGGUAUGCUUAAUUUAGUUGGGGUUUGCCAUUAUUGUAUCUGAUAUGAUUGAUGAAAUUAAGUCUUUUGUUGAU